AUGGCAGAGUGUGCUACACACACCGUUCACGUCUUUUCUAUAAUCCCGGGCCUAGCUGACACUCUUUCUAACUACCUACCGAAUACAACAGUGGUCAACGCGCGUUUACGUGGCUUUGGCUUCAGUGAUUACCGAAAAUAUACCUCAAGAAACUUGACAGAUGAAGAACUGAACCUUCUGUCAGAGGCAGAGAUCUUGCUCUGUGAUUCUCAAUCACUGACACAGGUGUUGGUGCGCAAAGGAUUCAACUUUAUGUCAAAGCUUCGUUGGGCACACGUGACGUCAGCUGGUGUCGAUAGAAUGAUGAAGAUACUGACUCCAGAGACAGAACUGCCCUUCAUUCUGACUCGCAGUACCAGUGAUGGACUGGCCCGCUUGAUGGCCGAGUAUGUGGUGGGCCAGAUCGUGUGCCACGAGCGUGGCUGGAUGGCCACCCACAUGAGGCAGAUCAACAAGGACUUCAGAGGGUGGCACACCUUCUACUCCUUCCGCAGCCUUGACCAGCUGACUGUGGGCGUGAUGGGUCUCGGCAAGAUCGGCCUCGCAACAGCCAAGGCGCUCAAAGGGUUUGGGUGUCGCGUGCAUGGCCUCGUCAGGACACCUCGUUCCCAUUCCUCUGUGGAACCAUUUGUGGACCAGCUGUGGCACGGACGGGAGGGUCUUGCUGACUUCCUCAAAGACUGCGACUACCUGGUCAACCUGCUGCCCUCCACGCCCCUGACGCGCGGCCUGCUCGGGGACGGAGUGCUCAACGGAGCCAGUAGAAGGCCAGUGCUAGUGAACGUGGGGCGCGGAGACAUCAUUACCGAGGCGGACCUGCUGAAGGCGCUGGAGGAGGGCUGGCUCUCUGCCGCUGUGCUCGACUGCUACGAAAAGGAGCCUGUCCCUGAGGAGAGCUUCCUCUGGACACAUCCUAGGGUGGUGAUGACGCCUCAUAAUUCAUGUUUCAACAACGAAGAUUACAAGCAUCAUCACACUGUUAAGGAAUUCAGUGCCAACUUUGAACACUUCAUAACCAACCAGUCCUUAAAUGGCCAAGUGGACUUUCUGGCCGGAUACUAA